UGAAUAUCGAGUACACUGUCAGGGAGAGCUAACACCACAACAUCGGGCGGGUGUGACGUCUGCAUUUCCGACCGUGUGACCCUACCAUUUCGCCUUGACGUGAGCAUGAUCCUACCUAUGACUGAGGCCACUACCGCAUUCCCUGUGGACUGUACAAUACCUCUGCUCGCUCUCCCGUACAAACCUCCCUCCACACUAAGGGCGCGCGCGCUCCCAUGUGCUUCCGGCCGCCACGAAUGCGACAACUCGACCUUUGAGAGUACUCAUCCCUUAGCCAUUAUACGGUCUUGUGUGCGACCUCUGAGAUACAAGACCACGAUGGCAUCAACUCCACCCUUGACUCUCGCAAUCUCUACCCCUCCGACAACCCCCGCUUCUCUCGUCUCCGUGGGUCCAGCUGCUAGCAGCAUCCUCUCCGCCCCUCAAAUGCCGCCUGUAGACCCGGAUGUCAUGAACUCCCUUUCGAGAGAUAUCAGAGAUGACCUAGGUCUGAAUAAGUCAAGUCCUGCCAAGAAGAGCUGGGGUCCCGUAGAAAGCGAAGACGGUGCCUCCUUUACGACAUCUUCUUUGGAGGAGGAGCUGUUGUGCUUGGAACAGAAAGCGAGGCAGGCAGCGCUCAAGAUACAAAGUGGAGUAGAGGCCGGGCCCAUCUCCCUCGGGUGGGCCACCAUGGACAUGUACGAAAGGCUCGUCGGGCGCCUUUCCAGUGCUUACCGCUUGUCGUGGGGGCUCUCUCCGACUAUGGAGGUAGCCGAGCAUGAGAAGGAGGGUAGUGGCAGCUUUGGACAGGUCCUGUUCUGGGGGGAUCCAUCUCCCAUGCAUGAGCAGACCAUUGAAUGGCUGCACGAAAAAGUGUCAGAACAGCUCAAAGGAUAGACAGAGCUGACCGUGACGAGAGGCUCCGCACGGACCCAACGAGAGGUCAAGACGGUCAAGGAGCCUGACAAUGCCUACCUGGACAGAAAGCGGACGGUCGUGACAGCGCUGGAGGUCGCAUGGAGCAAUGAGAAUACCGCACUGCUCCUCGAUGAGGUUCACCGAU